AGUGGCCAAACCAUGGCCGAUAACCCGGCUCUGGACCAGUUCGGCGAGGAGAUCGGCGCGGGGCCACUGUACAAGCAGUAUAACAUGAUCUUUGCGUUCAUCGCGCAAUUCAACUAUGUCGGGGCGCAAGUCACCAUCGCCGCGUUCUUCAUUAACUACGCCACAGAGAACGGCGGGUUUACGUCUACCCAAGGAUCCAACAUGCUCUCGUACGCCCUGAUUUGUUUCACCGUCGGCCGCUUCGUCGGCACUGCCCUCGCGACUGUCUUCCAGGCCGAUUUCAUCAUGAUUAUCUACACCGCCAUCUGCAUCGCCCUCAAUGCGUACGUGUGCACCGGCAGAGGAACCCCCGCCGUCGCUGUUUUAAUCACCAUCUUCUUCUUCGAGGCGCCUAUGUACUCGACUCUCUUCACGAUGGGUACGGCCAAUCUAGGGAAACACACCCGUCGCGGCGCUGGUAUUUUGGUUAUGGGCGUUUCAGGAGGGGCGGUGUUCACGCCUAUCCAAGGUGCAGUGGCGGACCAUGCGGGGACGAGAAUUUCGUACAUGGUGCCGCUCAUUGGAUUCACCCAUGUGAUGGGUUAUGUAGUGUUUCACUGGAUCAGGCACGGACGCCAUAUUAUGAGGGUGAAGGAGGUGACGGCUGUUACAGCGGCGGGGCUGGGAUCUGAUGGGGAUGAGGAGAAGAAGGAGGAGGUUGUUAUGUCGGAGCGGGUAUGAUUGCAUAGGGGAUAAAUAAAAGAUAAUAAAGCUAGCUUUGGG